AUGCGGGACAUGCUUGGCCACUUCACCAUGCUAAAACCUCGCUUCACCGUCCUCCACCGCACUCCACAACGCGUUGUCAUGAGUCAUGGCAUCGCGUGCUUCAUCCUCUCCGGCCGCGCCCUAACAAGCAGCGUCACCACAAGCAACCAUCCGCGCCUUUCUCUCCAUCCAGUCGCUUACGUGCCAUCACCCCCUGCUUCUCCUCUCCUCCACCCUAUUGCAGGGAUAUCAGUAACAACUCUCUUACAGGUGCUCUCCCUCCGUCACUGGGCAACCUUACAGAUCUACGGAGCCU